GUUCCUGAGUAUUGUGGAGUUUUGUGUUGCUAGGCAGCACCUAAUAUGUACACUGGGACUGGAGAGAUGGCCCAACUGUUAAGAGCACUGACUGCUCUUCUAGAGGUUCUGAGUUCAAUUCCCAGUAACCACACAACCAUCUUUAAUGAGAUCUUGUGCCCUCUUGUGGCCUGAAGCCAGACAUGCAGGUAGAAUACUGUAUACAUAAUAAAUAAAAAUCUUUUUUUUUUAAAUGAUAUGUACAACGAGGAAAAUAAUUUGCAGAAAGGAGGGAUGAUAAGAGUAUAAUUAGCAUCAAGAAUAUUAGGGUUGUUACAGGCAUUCUAAACAGCUCGUGAAGUAUCACUAGUUACAGAUCAUAUGCAUUCUGUACAGGGAAUCUUCGGAAAUCAACAAAGCUGUGGAAUGUACUAGUUGAGAAGUGUAGCCAUAGGGAGUGGUUCUCAGUGACUUUAAUGAUCGGUGCCUGAGCAGCUAGCUGCCUUACUGGCCUGUGUAGUGAUCUCAUGAUGCGUUUCUUUUUCCUAUUUUUAAUUUUCUGCUCUUUGCCAUGCUAUCAAAAUAUAUACAUGAAGUUCUUAAUUGUGUUAAGGAAUUGGACAAAAAGCUGUUAUUAGUGAGUUACUGACUACAACAAUAUUCUUUAGGAAUUUUUCUAUUAUAAAGAUGUUUUCUUGUGCAGAAGUAAGGAACAGUAGGGUAAAAAGAUGUUAUAAUUGUGUAUAUAAUAGAUCUCUCUGAGCAAAUGUUCAGUUUAUCUUAAAUGGCCCAUAUGACAUUUGGAAGAUAGGCUAUUCCUAGUACAGAGCACUCUCUCCUGGGAAGUUGAAAACAAACUAUCCAAGUGAAACCUCAGUGUAUUAUGAGGCUGAAAGAUUAAAUUUGAAUGCACCAGCCCUGUUGUAAUCGGAGAUUCUCUUGCCCCAUUAGAGUAUUAUAAAUGUCUUCUUCAGACUAAUUCCAUCAAAGUUAAUGAUGUUAAGAAGUCUAAGACUAGGAAUAAUAGUUUAAUAUAGGUAAUGAAAAAUUCAAAUACUAUUUAGAAGCAAUAAAUGAUAACAUUAAAAUCCGGAGUGAAUGAUUAGGACUAAAAGAUUCCAGUACCAUAUCAAUUAUUUAUGAGUUCAGUAGAAUUUCUUUGGGUUCCAAAGCUUUUUCCUCUGUCUGUUUUAAAUAUUAAUUGAGACUUUUUUUCUUUUGAGACAGUUUCUCUAUGUAGCCCUGGCUGCCCUGAAACUUGCUCUGUAGACCAGACUGGCCUCAAAUUCAGAGAUCUUCUUGCCUUUGCCUCCGUCUGCUGAGAUUAAAGGUGUGUACCACUGCCUGCCUUAAUUAGGAACAUUUUAAGUAAAAUGUUAUAAUUUCAGGUCCAAAGGUUUUUGUAGAAAGUUUGGUUUGAAAAGAUUUGUAAGUUUUUGACACAAAGUUUCCCACACUUUAUAACUAGCUUCAAGUUCUGUUUGGUUAAUAUAAAGUUUAAAAACUGGUCAACGUUUUUGGUGGAGUUGGGGGAGCUGGGAUUUUUUUUAGACAGAAUCUUAGUCUCUAGCCCAGUUUGUCCUGGAAUUUGGGGUGUAAGUAGCCUAGCCUGGCCUCAGCUUGCAACAGUCCUACUUCUGUCUCUCGGGUUCUGCAGUGAUAGGCACGAGCCCCCACAUGUGAUAAAACUGACCAGCAUUAAUGCUGUCAUCAGUAAUGAUGAAAUUUAUCUUCAUAUGUUGGAAAGUCAGAUGAGAAGCCAGUGAGAAAAUAGAGAAUCAUCUUUAUAAAUAAUAUUGUAUAUUUCUCUACUCUACAUCUCUCAACAUUUAUAAGAGUUGAGCAGAGUAAAUUUAUUGCUGAGGGUCUAUGGGAUCACCUUGAAAUUUUUUUAUACUAUUUAUUUGAUGGCCCAGUUUCCAGUGGGAUUCCUAGAAUUCAGUAAACACUGUGUCCAUUGAGAAUGUUUAAAAAAUCAUAAGAUUGAUAUGCUUUGAAUUUUACAGAAUGGACUGACAAGGUAGGGCUAGACCAUGGGUGACCAACUGAUUCAAAAGUUAAGUCCAACUCUUUUUCUAAAGUCUGUGAGUUCAGACUGGUCUUUACAUUUUAUAUUUCAGAUACUUAAAAACAUUUCUAAUUAAAAGAAUGGUAUUUUUAAACAUAAAAAUUCUGUAAAAUUUGAAAAGCUUUAUUGGGGCACAUCCUCAUUUGUUUUAUGUGGUCUGUGCCUGCUUUGGUGCAAACGCAACUGGGUAAUUGUGACUGAGAUGUCAUAUCCACAAAACAUAGCAUAUUUUACUGCCUGGCCCCUUUUCAGAACAAUUUUGUUGACCCCCUGUGUCAAAAUGUAAAGCAUUGUAUGAGUAAUAAUACAGAAAAGAGCCCAUUGUGAACUGAAUCCAAGUUCAUUUUGUACAGAGGCAGUUAGUUUAAAGGGUUAGAGAGGAGUGAGUGGGGGUUCCAUAGAGUCAGGGAAUGGAAAAAUUAUGAAACAGCAGGGGGAAAUGUACAAAAAAUGGAUGGCUUUGAAAACGUGGGGGGAUUUAUGAGAAACCAGUGUGUAUUUGUUACCUGGCACUAAAGGUGGUUAGAUGGCUGUCUUUUCACGUGGACCAGGAAAUGGGUUCUAUCUAUGUUCAAUGUUCAAAUGAACCAACAGCCAUGACUUUCCUCAGGUGUGUAUUUGCAGAAGAUCAUGCUAGUGAUGCAUCGUGGAGCAUCGUGGAGCAUCGUAGGCUAAAGGAAAUGUUUUGGCCAAGUCUUAUGGGCUAUGGAAGCUUCUUCAUAUGGGAAAAAAGGGACCAUGAGCUGGCUUAGGAUUUAGUCCAAGAGAAAAUCUUCAGUGGUUCUAUCAGUUAGGAGGCUGUUUCACUGUCCAAAAGGAUUGAUAAUAGUUUGGAUGAGGUUAACUGUGUUCACAGGGACAGGUGAAUGAGUGUGGGAGGUGCUUAGAGGUCUCACUGAGAUAACUUGCUGUUGCAUUGGUGCACCACCUAUGGAGUAGACUGAGAAAUACUUUAUUUUCUUUGUUGAACAAAGACAACUAGGGACUGGAGGUGGCAGAUAAAGUGUGCUUGCUCUGCAGACAUGAAGACUGAGUUUGGAUCUCCAGCUUUCAUGUAAAAAGCAGAGUGUAUUGAUGUUAAGUCUGUAACCCUGAGCAAGCCUAUCCCUGGAGCUUGGUGGUAGCCAGUCUAAGCCAGUCAGUGAACUCUGAGCUCAGGGAGAGAUCCUGUCUGGGGCUGAGGGUGGGGAUAGAAAGCAGUAGAGGAAGAUACUCAACCCUCUAACUUCCACAUUGCACACACACAACAGACAUACAAUUAAAAAUAAAUUUAAAAAAGCUAACUAUACCAUCAAAAAAGUAAGCAAAUUAUAUUGCUUUUCCAAAGGCAAGAAAUAUGACUUGCAAACACGUUUACUAUGAAAGGAAAACGUCAUCUGGUAUAGCAGGCAUUUUGAGCAUCUGGGCAGUUAGCCUGCUUCUUGUCUUGUUAAGUUUUCUAACCUCUUUUCACAUAUGCAUCCAUCCUCAAAGUUAAUAACUGUUCUAGUCUUUAUGGCAUAUCACUUGCAGAUACAAACUUUAGUAGCUAGAGUGACGUUUAAGAAGUAGUGGCUGAAAAUAUUGCAAGAUUAAUGAAACACAAUGACCUUAGAUGUGGAAAGUCUAUUGAGUUCCAGGAAGGUGAAUUUAAAUGAGUGACCUCACCUAGAUAUACCAGGAUAGCAAAGCGGAGUUUUAUGGGUAGCGUUUUCUUAACCCUAAGCUUAAAAGCUGAUUUGUCUGAAAUAGUUUUAAAUGUUAAUUUUUGGCAAUAGUGAUGUCAUUUGGCACAGCUCAAGACUAAGAACAUUGCUUCUUCAGUGGAAUUUAAAUGUUAAUUAGUGCUAUGGGGGAAAUUAUUUCAUGACUAGUUUUUUUAUUUUUGAGAUCUAAGGAGAUGUAUUAUUAAGAAAACUAUUAUUCCAUUUCUUUUUAAAACAUAAACAGGUAUUUAACAUAUUAGGAAGUCUGACAUUUUCACAAUAAAAUCUGUUACCUUAGCUGCAAUAUUGUUUUUCUUAUUCAUUUAGUCUAAUGUUUUCUCUCUGUGUACCAUGAAAGUAUUUCUUUUCUCUUUCCAGUUUCCACUCUGAUUAUUCUUUCCCUGUUUCUUACUCACAGACAUCUAAGGAAUAACUAUGUAAAAUCGUUUAUCCACUUUGUAUUUAAAAAGUAAAAUGAAACAAGUAUCCCCUUGCUUUCUUUUCUAUAAUGAACAUUUCCCUUUGGAUUUUUAUUUCUCUUUUUUCCUGCACAGUCUCAGCAGGCAAAUAAACUGCACCUUUGGUGACAGUAAUUCCCAUUGUCCUCAUAUGGACUGAUCGUUCUGUGUUCACCUCAGUCAGAGAGAAGAUAGCCUGCCUGCUGCUGAUAGGCCAAGCAGUCAUUCUAGCCCCAGCUUGGUGUUCUGUGAGCUGGAUGGUCCCUGUUUAUUAACACUACACCUCACCUUCCUUAACAAGAUGGGAUGUGCACGCGCAUGUGCAUGUGUGUGUGUGUGUGUGUGUGUGAGAGAGAGAGAGAGAGAGAGAGAGAGAGAGAGAGAGAGAGAGAGAAGGGAGAAAGGAGUAAGAAUUUAGGUGCCCUGUCUAUAUAUACUGUCAAAUUCAUGCUACUUUUUAAAUGUAUGCUUUCCCCCUCUUUCUAAUAUUCUCUCUCCUGUUCUCCAUUUUAACCAAUAUGAUGCAUGAGUAAAUGUGUGUAUGAGAUCCAAAACUAAUUCCUUCUAAGUUUCAUUUUAUUUUCCUAUAAGAGCUGUCUGACUGUAUUUUGGGUUAUUCUUUAUGAAAUUAUCCUACAUAUCUUCUAUAAGUUUUUCUCCUUAUAACAUCGGGUAAAGAAGUUUAAGUAAGAAAUUUUUAUAACAUGAUACACAUUUAUUUUUUUCUGCUAGUGUUUUAUAUUUGCUGCUUAUAUGUGUAUUAUUUUAUCAAGAUAUACUUUUUUUCCAGGAAAUGUUCACAUUUUCUGUGCACAUGUCCACAUGCAAAGCAAAAUUGAGUUUAGGUGACUAUUAUAUGGUUAAAAAGAUUUUGGAGGAAAACAGUUCAGGUGACUUGAACAUAAAUUGCGUAGAUGUGCUUGGGAGAAAUGCUGUUACCAUAACUAUUGAAAACGAAAGCUUGGAUAUACUGCAGCUGCUUUUGGACUACGGUUGUCAGUCCGCAGAUGCACUUUUGGUGGCCAUCGACUCUGAAGUAGUGGGAGCUGUCGAUAUACUACUUAAUCAUCGACCAAAACGAUCACCAAGACCAACUAUAGUAAAACUUAUGGAACGAAUUCAGAAUCCUGAAUAUUCAACAACAAUGGAUGUUGCCCCUGUCAUUUUAGCUGCUCAUCGUAACAACUAUGAAAUCCUUACCAUGCUUUUAAAACAGGACGUGUCUUUGCCCAAGCCCCAUGCAGUUGGCUGUGAAUGCAUGCUGUGUUCUGCAAAAAACAAAAAGGACAGCCUCAGACAUUCCAGGUUUCGUCUUGAUAUCUAUAGAUGUCUGGCCAGCCCAGCUCUAAUAAUGUUAACAGAGGAGGAUCCAAUCCUGAGAGCAUUUGAACUUAGUGCUGACUUAAAAGAACUCAGCCUUGUGGAGGUGGAAUUCAGGAAUGAUUAUGAAGAACUAGCCCGUCAGUGCAAAAUGUUUGCUAAAGAUUUGCUUGCACAAGCCCGGAAUUCACGUGAACUGGAAGUUAUCCUAAACCAUACAUCUAGUGAUGAGCCUCUUGACAAACGGGGACUACUAGAAGAAAGAAUGAAUUUAAGUCGUCUAAAACUUGCUAUCAAAUAUAACCAAAAGGAGUUUGUCUCCCAGUCAAAUUGCCAGCAGUUCCUGAACACCGUUUGGUUUGGACAGAUGUCAGGUUACCGCCGUAAGCCCACCUGUAAGAAGAUAAUGACUGUUUUGACAGUUGGCAUCUUCUGGCCAGUUUUGUCUCUAUGUUAUUUGAUAGCUCCCAAAUCUCAAUUUGGCAGAAUCAUUCACACACCUUUUAUGAAAUUUAUUAUUCAUGGAGCAUCAUAUUUCACAUUCUUGCUGUUACUAAAUCUGUACUCACUAGUCUACAAUGAAGACAAGAAAAAUACAAUGGGGCCGGCCCUUGAGAGAAUAGACUACCUUCUCAUACUGUGGAUUAUUGGGAUGAUCUGGUCGGACAUUAAGAGACUCUGGUAUGAAGGGCUGGAAGACUUUUUAGAGGAGUCGCGUAAUCAGCUCAGCUUUGUCAUGAAUUCCCUCUACUUGGCAACCUUUGCCCUCAAAGUGGUGGCUCACAACAAGUUUCAUGACUUUGCUGACCGGAAGGACUGGGAUGCAUUCCACCCUACACUUGUAGCAGAAGGGCUUUUUGCAUUUGCAAACGUUUUGAGUUACCUUCGGCUCUUUUUCAUGUAUACAACCAGCUCGAUUUUGGGUCCACUGCAGAUUUCGAUGGGACAGAUGUUACAAGAUUUUGGGAAAUUUCUGGGGAUGUUCCUUCUUGUUCUGUUUUCCUUCACAAUUGGACUGACACAACUCUAUGACAAGGGGUACACUCCCAAAGAGCAGAAGGACUGUGUCGGCAUCUUCUGUGAACAACAAAGCAACGACACCUUUCACUCGUUCAUUGGCACCUGCUUUGCUUUGUUCUGGUACAUUUUCUCCUUAGCACAUGUGGCCAUCUUUGUCACGAGGUUUAGCUAUGGAGAAGAACUGCAGUCUUUUGUUGGAGCUGUGAUUGUUGGAACUUACAACGUCGUGGUUGUGAUCGUGCUUACGAAGCUGCUGGUAGCCAUGCUUCAUAAGAGCUUUCAGUUGAUAGCAAAUCAUGAGGAUAAAGAAUGGAAGUUUGCUCGAGCAAAGCUAUGGCUUAGCUACUUUGAUGACAAAUGUACACUGCCCCCACCUUUCAACAUUAUUCCUUCACCAAAGACUAUCUGCUAUAUGAUCAGUAGCCUCAGUAAGUGGGUUUGCUCUCACACGUCGAAAGGCAAGGUCAAGCGGCAAAACAGUUUAAAGGAGUGGAGAAACUUGAAGCAAAAGAGAGACGAGAACUACCAGAAAGUGAUGUGCUGCCUAGUGCAUCGUUACCUGACGUCUAUGCGACAGAAGAUGCAGAGCACAGACCAGGCCACUGUGGAGAAUCUCAAUGAACUGCGCCAAGAUCUGUCAAAAUUCCGAAAUGAAAUAAGGGAUUUGCUUGGCUUUCGAACUUCUAAAUAUGCUAUGUUUUAUCCAAGAAAUUAAUCAUUUUCUAAUAACAAAUCUGAAAGACUGUAUUUGCAUACCUUACAACUAAACUAAUAAGAUAUAUAUGGACCUAAACAAUUACACAAAAGCCAUUCUUUAAAUAUUUAUAGCAUAAAUAUAUGUCAUGUAAAAUAUGUAUAUAGCGUUAGUUUUUUAAAACCUGUCUAUGGCUUUUUGUAGAAGCAAAACACAAUAAGUAAAUGGUUUUGUUUGCAUGCUAUUGGAUUUUUUUAGUUUGUCAGUGCUUAAAAUUUGUAAUGUUUGAGGGGCAGCUAUCAGUGUACACAUUGCCCACUCCCUUUUAUAAAAUGAAUAUCAGCAAAUGCAGCUACCUUAAGAGACACUUGAAAUGUAGAGUUCACGAUGUUUAAAAUCUCCUGUUUUAGGAGUUCACACUGAGUUCAAUAUUUAUUGUUUAAGAGUAUAGUUUUGUCUAAAAUACCACAUUUUUUUUUCUUUUGCUAUAAUCUUAAGCAACAAAGAAAAGUCUCUAAUGAAUAUCUGAAUUUAAGUCGGGCAUGGUGGCACACUCCUUUAAUCCCAGCACUCAGGAGGCAGAAGCAGGCAGAUCUUGGAGUUCAAGGCCAGCCUGGUCUACAGAGUAAGUUCCAGGACAACUGGGGCUAUAUAGAAAAAUCCUGUCUCAAAAAAACAAACAAAGAAUUAAUUUAUUUAGUUCAAUCAAUCUAAAUUCACCUUGUUUUUAUUGUUUUGUUGUAUUUUACUUUUACAUGGUUACAAUAAUUUUAUAUUUUUAAUUUUGUUUCUUGACUUAAUAUUUUAUACAUAGUUCUCUGUAUUGAGAUAGUUCAUAUAUUUAAAUAUUUAUAGAAUUCUGUAAUUUUUGAAAAAGGAUAGACGUCUUUUAGCCAUAGAAUAUUUGUUCAUAUUUAUGCAUUUGCAAAGUUACUUCUCUAGGCAUUUGGUUAGUUUUAACUUUUCCUUCAAACUUUUCAGGCUUGAGUAAGUUACAAAGUAUAAGCUGCUUGUCUUCAUGUGUGGUCACAAUGGGCAGGACUGGAGAGCAUCUGGGCCUUGAAAAAAGCUGCUUCAAGUUCAGAUGAAGGUUCUUGAGCUCUCUUCCGAAGUGUUGACCACAGAGUUUAACACAGCUUUUAGAAAAGUGACUUCAUGCUUGCUGCUUGAGCUGUAAAGUAUUGUUUUUUCAAUUUGAAAAUAAAAAGUGUAUCUGACCUCUUUUCGGUGUUCAUAUGAGGUGUGGCUGAAGGGUCUCCCCAGCUGUUGCUCAGACCCCUGCAGCAUGGCCAGUGAGGAAUGUGCUUUGUUUCCUUAGCUGAGUGUCAGCUGCUGUUGAGGGUGCACAGGGUGCAUGCAGCCCUUGGCCUACCCAGGGGGCGUCUGAGUAACCUAGUGUUCGGUUUCAUGUUGCUUUACAUGUUUUUAAUGUUCAAGUUUAAGUGUUCCCUCUUUGGGGCAAAUUCUUAUAAAAAUGUUUAUUGUAAAAUUAUAUAUUUUGUCUACAAUGGAAUUAUGCACUUCCCUAUUGGGAUUUUAUAUCAGGAUUUUCAGUCAUUCUAAAAAAUACCUAAUUAUUAAAAAAAUUUAUAGAGUGCCUACUGUGUGCAUGAAUUACUGAUGAGGUAUAUUUUGAAUGAUAGCAUAUUGUAAGAAAAAAGGUGAAUAAAAUUUGACAUUAGAUUAUAAAUUGAUAGAGCAUUAGCAUUUUACUUAUUAUUGCUUGCUUUUUAUUUUUUAAUUACUUUAUUUUAAAUGUGGGAAUAUUUUGCCUGUGUGUUUAUAUUUGUUUACCAUGCAUGUGCUUGGUAUUUACAGAAACCAGAAGAAGGUGUU